AUGCACCUGAUCACUGUAUUGGGAAACCUGCUCAUGAUCCUGGCCGUCAGCUCAGACCCCUACUUUCACACCCCCAUGUACUUCUUCCUCUCUAACCUGUCCUUGGCUGACAUCUGUUUCACCUCCACCACUCUCCCAAAGAUGGUGAUGAAAAUCCAGAUAAAGAGCAAAACCAUCACCUAUGCAGGAUGCCCCACUCAGAUAUAUUUUUCCCUACUCUUUGCAUUGCUGGACAACUUCCUCCUGACUGUGAUGGCCUAUGAUCAGUUGGUGGCCAACUGUCACCCUCUGCAGUGCAUUGUCAUCAUGAAUCCACAACUCUGUGGACUUCUGGUUCUGGUGUCCUGGACCUUGAGUGUUCUAGAAUCCUUGCUACAGUGCUUGAUGGUGUUGCAAUUGUCCUUCUGUCCAGACUUGGAAAUACCGAAUUUUUUCUGUAAUUUCAAUCAGAUGACCCAACUUGCAUGUUCUGACAAUGUUUUAAGUAACAUUGUGAUGUGUUAUGUAACUGUGCUACUAGGUUGUGGUCCCCUGGUGGGGAACCUUUACUCUUCCUCUAAGAUAGUGUCCUCCAUACGAGCAAUCCCAUCAGCUCAGGGGAAGUAUAAAGCAUUUUCCACCUGUACAUCGCACCUCUCAGUUGUCUCCUUAUUUUAUGGUACCAGCCUAGGAGUGUAUCUCAGCUCUGCUGGUACCCACAGCUCACAGUCAAAUGCAACAGCCCCACUGAUGUAUAGCGUGGUCACACCCAUGCUGAACCCAUUCACCUACAGCCUCAGGAACAAAGAUAUAAAGGGGGCUCUGAAAAGAUUCUUUGUCUUGGUAGUUCCAAGACAAAGGGACAAUCGUUCCAAGACAAAAGGGACAAUCAUUCCGAGGCCAAAAAAAACUGCAGGGCCAGAAUACCUAUCACAGUCUGGUACUGGCAAAAGAAGAGACCCAUACAGCAAUGAAACAGAAUAG